AUGUACGCACGGCCAGAGAAGGAGGUGCUGGUGACCCAGGCAUUCGACGCCCAUGCCCCGAUCGCAAGGGACUCGGAAGCACAAACUUCAGCUGAAGCAAAUACGCAUUCUUUCUCGGCACCAGUGACUAGAGGUCUCGCCUCUGAGGAUACUACAUCAACAGCACGCGUGUCGGCAACGCAGACAACUUCAACCAGGACUGUCCUUAUUGAAGAACCUAGAGAUAACCGAGUCAAUCUUACUCAUCGAAAGACUUAUGUCUUUGCCCCAAUCUUAGCCGCCCCCACUGAAGUUGUCACCAGCGCUGUCGUGACUAUUCUUUGGAUACGCGGGUAUAUUUAUGAUUUCGAGAGCGAGUUUGACACCGACUACACCUCUUCUCCUAAUUCUUCGUCAACUUCCUCCCUGAGCCUAUCCCCUACCGGUUCAUCCCAUAGUUAUUCCUCUGGCACGUCAUCUACAUCAGAUAGUGGUAGUAGCUCAUCAUCUGGCUUAGAAACCGAUAGCAGCCUGUCCUCUGAGUCGGAGACUGAUGACAGCUCAUCUUCUGGGUUAGACGUUGACAGCAGUUCUGAUUCUGACAAUACCUCAGACUUAGAGGAGGAUGUCGGCUUUAGUGACUCUGCAGAUGAGGUGCUUACGCCAUUAGGAGCUAACACGCAACAAGGAACUGGUGGGCUUGAUUUCGUAACCUGGGCUGGUGUCGGCCGAUGUCAACAUACCAAUGGGGAAUAA